AGCUGCGCUUCCCCGACACUAUGGGGCCGGUUCAGGUGGCCAGUGGCUGCACGAGGAACCCGCGUGGUCCCUCCUGAGGCGCCCCCGCCCCCGGGUGAAAGGAUCUGGGGCCCGGGGAGCCGAGCCUAUGCCCAGCUCGGUGGCCGGGCCCGACUGCUGCGGAGGCCCCGGCAAUAUUGAUUUCAGUAAGGCAGACAUCUGCAUUAUGACCCGGCUGCUGGGUUACGUGGACCCCUUGGAUCCCAGCUUUGUGGCAGCUGUCCUCGCCAUCGCUUUCAAUCCACUCUUCUGGAACGUGGUUGCGAGAUGGGAACACAAAACCCGGAAGCUGAGCAGGGCCUUCAGCUCCCCACACCUGGCCUGCUACGCCUUGGGUGGCUCCAUUCUGCUCCUGAACCUCCUUCGCUCGCACUGCUUCACGCAGGCCAUGCUGAGCCAGCCCAGGGUGGAGAGCCUGGAUAACCCCACGGCCUACGGCCUGGGCCUGGUGCUUCUGGGAGUGGGUGUCAUGUUUGUGCUCUCCAGCUUCUUCGCUCUGGGUUUCACAGGAACCUUCCUAGGUGAUUACUUUGGGAUCCUCAAGGAGGCAAGAGUGACCACAUUCCCCUUCAACAUCCUGGACAACCCCAUGUACUGGGGAAGCACAGCCAACUACCUGGGCUGGGCCAUCAUGCACGCCAGCCCCACAGGUCUUCUGCUGACAGCGGUGGUGGCCCUCACCUACGUGGUUGCUGUCCUAUAUGAGGAACCAUUCACCACUGAGAUCUACCGGCAGAAAGCUUCCAGGUCCCACAAGAGAAGCUGACCGGGCUGUAGCAGCUUCACCAAAGGCCUGGCUGGCCUUCUGCCUACCCCAGGCACCAGGCCCUGCCCGGGGGAGGAUGGCAUCGAGCUGCUGCUCAGGCCUCAUGCUUGGCAUGGGCUGCUCCAGUGCCUUGACAUCUGCUGCCUUGGGGUCCCUGGACGUGUCACCAUGUGGCCACUGAACCCCUCUUCCCUGCUGUCCCACAAUGUCUCCAACUCACCAAUAAAGGCCACCUGACUCCA